AGCGAGCACAGUGAGUGCUGAAAGACACCAUCUACUUUCCGUUGCACUCGGCGGCGUAAGUUCAAAGUAACCUGCAUUAACUCUUGGCGCCGAGAGGAUGAAAUGAACGGGCGAUUUAAUACGGGUCAGGAAAGUGGACAGGAUACCACCUCGCAUCAUGGAUGCUACCGAUUCUAGCACCUCCUUGUCAUUUGAAGUUGCAGCAUUCAAUGCGUCCAUCAUCGUUGGACCGGUGGUGUUGGGUACACUCGUUGACACCUGCCUCUUCGGCUGUCUCGUCAUCCAGACUUAUGUGUAUUAUGCGAAUUUCGCCAACGACCAUCGAGCGAUUAAGUUCACGGUAGCAGCAGUCUUCGCAACACAAAUUGCGCAUGUAAUGUGCGUAUCGGCGACACUAUGGAACACUGCUGUCAGCGCAUACGACGACCCUUCGAAACUUCAGAUACUCCCAUUGGCAGCUGCCGCAACUAUCCUCUUCACCGGGAUUACAGGGGCACUCGUUGAAGUAAGAUUCCUCGUCGAAAUUGAUAGUGAUACUCACCUGCACCUAGUCGUACUUUGUUUUUCGACUAUGGAAGGUGUCGAAAAAACUUCUUCUUCCCUUUCUCUCCCUGGUGCUCUGUGUAAUAGCUCAGGUUGUCUCCCUUGUGAUCACGGUGCAAGCUUUCAAAACAACAAGCGUUGCGAUGUUCGAAAUUGAUCAAAACAUGUCGAUCACGCUUGCGCUCACUUCGCGUGUGCUCUGUGAUUUGAUGCUCACCUUGUCCAUGGCGUGGUACUUGAAGAAGCAGUGGUCGGAAUAUCCAAGGCAAGCUACAUUACUUCCAACUCGUGCCGCUGUAAUACUUUUGCAGGACCACGAACAUGAUUGACCGUUUGGUUCUGUGGACUAUUGGUGAGUACUGCGCUCAUUUUUCCGGAUGACUCACAUCCGAUCAAUCAUUCUGUAGAAACCGGUCUGAUAACCAGGUAUGAGGAAAGACGAUGAUUCUGGCGUGUUUAGACUGAAGUUAUGUUGAGCCUAGUUGCAGUACUUGUCAUAAGCUUCGUAAGAGAUCCCUUCUCAGACGCGCAGUACCAAACUGACUAAAAGAAUAUGCAGUUUCUAGCAAUGAAGCAGAAUUGUGAGUGAACCAAGAUCUCUUUCCUUCGCCGUGAACUAAA